AUGGCGGGCGUGAGGCACGCCGGGGACCACCCCAGCGCCGCCUCCAAGCGGCCACACCGCGACGGGCGCGGCGCGCUGGCGCGCCGCUGGUACGCCGCCCUGCUCUGCGCACUCCCCGGGCUCGCCGAGGCGCCCGUGGCGUGGGCGGUGCGGCUCGCCGAGGCCGCGAGCGCGGCGAGGGUCGACGCAGCGCGCCAGUGGUGCGACGAGCGGCUGGAGGCGAUCCUCUCCUCCGCCCUGGCGGCCGUUCGGGCGGCGCUGGCGCGCGCCCGGGAGCUCGGUGCCUGCGCCCUCGCGCGCACAGCGCGCGCCGUGCCCCGGCGCCUGCUUGAGCGGCUCGCGGGCACCACGUGGGCCGAGGCGCCGGAGGUCGAGCAGGUGCCCGACCUCAACCUCAUCUCGGGUGCUGCCAGGGCCGGUGCUGUUCAACAUCGCCGCCUUCGCGUGCGGUUCCCCGGAGGAGCUGGCGACGCUCACGGCGCAGACCGCGAAGACCCUGGCGGCCGAGCUCGAGCCCACGCGCAACGACCUGUGGAGCGGCCUCUACAGGCAGAGGUGGCCCGCCUUCCACGACUUCCUCCAGCACCAGGGGCCCCAGCAGUGGCGCGAGCUCUACGAGGACACGCUCGCGGGGAGGGUCGAGGUGGUCCUCGAGGUCUUCGACCGCGAGAAGAAGCUGGGCUUCGCGAUGGCCGCCAUGGGGGCCCGCGUCACCUUCGAGGCGGACCGCCGGUGCUACGUGGCCAGGUACAUCAGCGCCGGCGAGGUGCACCCGGAGUACAUCCCGCAGUGGGAGGAUGCACCGCCUCCGCUGCUGCCCGCCCGCGGUGCGCGACGCGCUGCGGCUUGGCCCGCUGUCGCCCGACGUGCCGGGCGACGCCGAGGGCGCGGCGGCGGGCGGCCUGUACCUGGACCGCGUGCUGGAGGGCUUCGAGGGCCUGCAGCCUGGCGUCGGGAUCGAGCUGCAGUGGAAGAUGCAGCAGGGCAGUCCCUUCGGCUGGUGGUACGGCCGCCUGGAGGCCCUGGAGCGCGACAAGGACUCGGGACGGCGUGCUCGCCACCGCCACGGUCACCUUCCUGCACUUCCCCGUCCAGUCCCGCUGGCGCACGCUGCAGGUGCGCCUCGGCGGCGCGCAGAUGCAGCCAUGCUCCUUCGGCGGCUUCACCGGCGGGAUCCGCCCCACGACAGAGGCCGAGCAGAAGCACUGGAUGAACUUCUUCCCGCGCAAGGCCGCGGUGCUCUGA